CCAAGUGAGGACACACCUGCCUGACAGAUCUAGAAACAUGAAGAAAUCAAUCAAAAUUACAACAACACCAGGUGCAGAUAAAAGAGCCAACAUUGAGAAUGGAGAUGAGAAGAAAAAAGAAAACACACUGAGUGUUGGAUACUUUCAGCUGUUUCGAUUUGUCACUUGCAAAGACACUGCGAUGAUGGUAGUGGGUGGUUUGUGUGCCCUUGUACACGGGGCAGCUUCACCUUGCAUGCUUCUGGUGUACGGCAUGAUGACAAACACAUUUGUGGCUUAUGAGCUGGAGGUCCAAGAACUGAAAGACCCGAACAAGGAAUGCAACAACAACAGCAUCUAUUGGAGAAAUGGCUCCAUUUAUGAAACAGCUGAAAACAACACUGUGUACUGUGGGGUGGAUAUUGAAACACAGAUGACCAUGUUUGCAUAUUACUUUGUUGGAAUUGGAUUAGGAGUUCUGUUUGUUAGUUAUUUUCAGAUUUUCUUCUGGGUGUCAGCGGGUGCAAGUCAAAUUCAGAGAAUCCGAAAGACUUAUUUCAGAAAAGUAAUGCAAAUGGAGAUCGGAUGGUUUGACUGCAACACUGUUGGUGAACUGAACACAAGGAUAUCAGAUGAUAUCAACAAGAUCAACAAUGCCAUUGCUGACCAGGUGUGUGUCUUCAUUGAGAGGAUCUCUACGUUUGUGUUUGGCUUCAUGGUUGGAUUCAUUGGCGGAUGGAAGCUGACUUUGGUGGUCAUAGCAGUGAGCCCGUUGAUUGGCAUAGCUGCUGGACUUACGUCCAUGGCUGUGGGCAGACUGGCAGGACAAGAGCUAAAGGCUUACGCAAAGGCAGGGGCCGUGGCUGAUGAGGUCCUGUCGUCCAUCAGAACAGUAGCAGCAUUUGGUGGGGAGGAAAAAGAAGCUGAAAGAUAUGACAGAAACCUUGUGGAUGCUCAGAACUUGGGUAUGAAAAAGGGAACGAUCAUAGGCAUUUUUCAAGGAUACCUAUGGUGCAUCAUUUUCUUUUGUUUCACUUUGGCCUUUUGGUAUGGCUCUAAGUUGGUCAUCGACACCAAGGAGCAGUCUCCUGGUACGCUUAUUCAGGUAUUCUUUGGAGUACUCAUGGCAGCUAUGUCGCUGGGCCAGGCCUCUCCCUGCCUGGAGGCCUUCGCUUCUGGCUGUGCUGCAGCAAAGGUCAUCUUUGACACAAUUGACCGGGAGCCAAAAAUUGAUUGUUUCUCAGAAGAAGGUUACAAAUUAGACAGAGUAAGAGGUGACAUUGAGUUCCAUAAUGUCACUUUCUUCUAUCCAUCCCGGCCUGAAGUCAAGAUUUUAAAUGAUCUGAGCAUGCAGAUCAAAGCAGGAGAAACCACUGCUUUUGUGGGACCGAGCGGAUCUGGAAAGAGCACCACAAUCCAGCUCUUCCAAAGGUUUUAUGACCCAAAUGAAGGAAUGGUGACUUUGGAUGGCCAUGACAUUCGUACUUUAAAUAUCCAGUGGCUCCGAUCUCUCAUUGGUAUUGUAGAGCAGGAGCCAGUGCUGUUUGCUACAACCAUUGCAGAAAACAUCCGGUUUGGUCGCCCUGAAGUAACCAUGCAAGAAAUCAUCCAGGCAACAAAAGAGGCUAAUGCCUAUAAUUUUAUUAUGGAUUUGCCACAGAAAUUUGAUACUCUGGUGGGAGAAGGUGGAGGACAGAUGAGUGGAGGACAGAAGCAGAGGAUUGCCAUCGCUCGAGCUCUGAUCCGAAACCCCAGGAUCCUGCUGCUGGACAUGGCCACAUCUGCCUUAGACAAUGAGAGUGAGGCUGUUGUCCAGGAAGCACUGAAUAAGGUGUGCAUGGGCAGGACAACAAUUUCUGUAGCCCACCGUCUUUCCACAAUUAGAAAUGCAGAUGUCAUCAUUGGUAUUGAGCAUGGACAGGCUGUGGAGAAGGGAACGCACAGCGAGCUAAUAGAAAGGCAAGGUGUCUACUUCACCCUGGUCACCCUGCAGAACCAAGACACAUCCAACACAACUAAUGAUGUGAUCAGUGAAGCUCUUGAAGACUUUGACCGAAAAGUGAGGAGUUUUAGCUGUAGAAGCUGUGGAUCCAGUAAAAGUAGGAGCUCUGUUCCAUUGCGAUCUCAGAGCGAAUUGUCAAACCAUUUCAAGACCCUUUCGUACAAGAAGAUCACACCAGAAAAUAAAUGUGAGGGUGAACACGUAGAGCCUGCCUCAGUUGCACGUAUCCUCAAGUACAACCAACCAGAAUGGCCCUACAUGCUGCUGGGCUCACUGGGAGCUGCCAUCAACGGCUCUGUCAUCCCAGUCUACGCUAUCCUGUCCAGCCAAAUUCUUGGGACGUUUGCCAUUCGUGACUUGAACGAACAGAAGGCGCAGAUCAACAGGAUAUGUGUUCUGUUAUGCUUUGUGGCUGUGACUAGUUUCUUUUCCAAGUUUUUACAGGGAUAUGCUUUUGCUAAGUCUGGAGAGCUGCUGACCUGCCGUCUAAGGAAAGUGGGCUUCCAGGCCAUGUUGAGACAGGAGAUUGGCUGGUUUGAUGACCCCAGAAACAGCCCUGGAGCUCUGACCACCAGACUGGCCACUGAUGCAUCCAUGGUGAAGGGGGCAACAGGAUCUCAGAUUGGCAUGAUCAUUACCUCGUUGACCAACAUUGGGGCGUCUUUCAUCAUCGCUUUCUACUUCAGUUGGAAGUUAACUUUGAUAAUUAUGUGCUUCCUGCCACUCAUCGGGCUGUCUGGGGUGUUCCAAGCCAAAAUGCUGACAGGUUUUGCAAAUGAAGAUAAAAAUGCCAUGGAAGCAGCAGGUCGGGUAUCCAGUGAGGCUUUUGCCAACAUCAGGACGGUUGCAGGCUUGGCCAAAGAGAGCUCAUUUGUGGAAUCAUAUGAGCAAGAACUCGAGCUUCCAUAUAAAUCUGCCAAGAAGAAAGCCAACAUCUAUGGGCUCUGUUUUAGUUUUUCCCAGUGCGUCAUCUUCAUGGCAUAUGCUGCUUCCUUUAGAUAUGGAGGCCAUCUGGUUAGCUCUGAGGGGUUGCAAUACAUGUUGGUUUUCAGAGUGAUUUCAGCUAUAGUAAUCAGUGGGAUAGCACUGGGCAAAGCUUCCUCCUUCACUCCAGAUUACGGCAAAGCCAAAAUUGCUGCUGCUCAGUUCUUCAAACUAUUGGACAGAGUUCCUAAAAUCAGCUUAAGCCAAACAGAUGGCGAGAAAUGGGAUAACUUCAAAGGUGAAAUAGAGUUCCUCAACUGCAACUUCACCUAUCCAACUCGGCCAGAUAUCCAGGUGUUGAACAGCCUGGUUGUGUCCGUGAAGCCUGGUCAGACUUUGGCAUUUGUUGGGAGCAGCGGCUGUGGGAAAAGCACCAGUGUUCAACUGUUGGAAAGGUUCUAUGACCCUGAUGAAGGGCAAGUGUUGAUUGAUGGCCGCCCGUCUCAUACAGUCAAUGUGCCCUUCCUAAGAUCUCAGAUUGGCAUAGUGUCCCAGGAGCCAGUGUUGUUUGGUUGCAGCAUAGCAGAGAAUAUCCAGUAUGGAGAUAACACACACAGUGUCAGCAUGGAAGAGAUUGUUGAGUCCGCUAAAAAAGCCUACCUUCAUGACUUUGUGAUGACGCUACCAGAUAAAUAUGAGACUCAGGUUGGUGCCCAGGGCUCCCAGCUGUCAACAGGACAAAAACAGCGCAUCGCCAUUGCCCGGGCCAUCGUCAGGAACCCAAAGAUCCUGCUACUAGAUGAAGCUACCUCUGCCCUGGACACAGAGAGUGAAAAGAUUGUCCAGUCAGCUCUGGACGAGGCGAGAAAAGGACGAACCUGCAUCGUCAUCGCUCACCGGCUGUCUACUAUCCAGACUGCUGACAUCAUAGCAGUGAUGUCUCAAGGAGCUGUCAUAGAACAAGGCACACAUGAUAAACUCAUGGCCAAGAUGGGCGCCUAUUAUAAACUCGUCACAACGGGCACUCCUAUCAGCUAGGUGCUUGCAGCCACAUAUGAUGAGCAGGUGAUGGAAAUGUCAGGUCUUAUUGUACAUUUGAAUGAAUAUGUUGUUGUCUUGUGGUGUCACACUGGGAGAGACUUUUUUCAUUUGGCAUAUGGAAUAGAAAGUGUUUGCAUCUUCUUGGUUGAAGAAUUGUAAUUUGUAGCAAUUAUUUGGUUUAUUAUUAAUUAUGUGGGGAUACAACUAUUUAUUGCAUCU